AUGGAUUCCCAAUUAUUCUUACGUUUUAAUGAGACAUAUGACGACUUUUACAACCGCUGCAAUAAUUUGUCUCAUUUCGAUUGCACUGAAGAGGAGAUGUUAUGGUGGCUUAUGGGGGCCAGGCGGCUACCUCUCAAGGAGAUCAUACCUAUCAGCGUGGUUCUUGUGGUGAUAUUUUUGACUGGCGUGGUGGGCAAUGUGUGUGUUUGUGUGGUGAUAGUUAGACACCCAGGCCUGCACACGGCCACUAACUAUUAUUUGUUCAGUCUGGCUAUCAGUGACUUGCUGUUGCUUCUGUUUGGACUACCUAAUGACCUCUCCGUGUAUUGGCACCAGUAUCCUUAUAGUUUGGGCAUGGUGUUCUGCAAGCUAAGGGCUCUUAUAUCUGAAGCGGCCACAUAUGUGUCUGUACUAACGAUAUCAGCCUUCUCACUGGAACGAUACCUGGCCAUAUGUCACCCGCUACACCUGUACGCGAUGGCUGGUCUUACGAGGGCGUCAAGGAUCAUACUCAUCCUCUGGGUCAUAUCAAUUGUUUGCGCCUCUCCAUUCGCUGUUUAUUCGGACAUCAGCUACAGGGAUUACCCUCCAAACUCCGGUAACAUAUCAUUGGAGUCAGCCUUCUGCGCCCUCAUGGCUCCGUCUCCACUCCUGGAACUCAGCAGCAUAUUUUUCUUCUUCGUGCCCGGUGUUCUCAUACUAUGUCUGUAUGUCAGGAUGGGACUUCAUAUACGGACAACGCGCGUGAGCGAGAAAACCAAGCUGGGAUUACUAAAUGGGCAAGUACACGGCGAGACUAGACAAGCGAAAUCGAGGAAAACCAUCAUACGGAUGCUGGCGGCAGUAGUGAUUGCGUUUUUCGUGUGUUGGGCGCCUUUCCACGUCCAACGCCUGUUCUUCAUAUAUGGAGAACAUCUCCCACAAUUCCAUGUGAUCAAUGAACACCUAUUCAACGUGGCUGGUGCUUUGUACUACGUGUCUGCGACUGUGAACCCUAUACUGUACAAUGUAAUGAGUGGACGGUAUCGCCAAGCAUUUCGAGAGACAUUGCUCUGCCGCCAACGACGCAGGUGUUCACGGAACUUCGACUUGACCAGCUGUCGGGAUUCAGCUCACAGCAGCAGAUCCUGCAGACGCGAGCCUCGGAUCUCGUUCAUCAAUAAAAUCGAUUUUGUCAAAGAUCCCUCGCCAUUCUGCGUCGAUGGAGAUGGAUCAGUCGUAGAAUUCUAUACAGCGUGUAAGAAUAGUGACGAUGAAGUGUAA